GAUCCUCCUGCCUCAGCUUCCUGGGCCACUGGGAUGACAGGACUGUGCCACUGCACCCAGCUUAACCUGGAGUUUGGCGACCCCUUAGGCUGGACAAGGAAAAACAUAUGCAGAAAUGAAAUGAGCCAAAGCGGCAAUCUAUUGAAAUGACUCAGAUGUAGCCAGCACAGGCCCUGGCUCACUACAUGUCCUUAACAAUUUUGCUCCUUGAAGUGGUGGCACCUAUGGUUGCAGCUAGUUAGGGACACAGGAAGUGAUGUUCCCCCUUCCUCAGAAGGAAUGCAGGGAGCCUGCCACCUGUCUGGGCUCGGCCUCCCCACAGGACAUGGGCCGAUACUGUCCGGGUGACGUGGAAGGAGAAUGCUCCAGAAGAGCAGAGCUGACGCGGCCAGAGCUCUGUGGAGUUGGUGAUCCCAUCGCCAUGUUCUCCUCUGCCAGCUCCUGCCUGUCCUCCAGAGGCAGAGACAUCAAAUGGUUCUGGGACUCGGCUGAGGAGGGCUACAGGACCUACCACAGGGAUGAGUAUGACGAGGACAAGAACCCCAAUGGCGUCAUUAACUUGGGCACCAGUGAGAACAAACUCUGCUUUGACCUGCUGUCCUGGCGGCUGACUCAGAGUGACAUGCUGCGGGUGGAGCCGCCCCUGCUGCAGUACCCUGACUGGAGGGGGCACCUGUUCCUCCGGGAGGAAGUGGCUAAGUUCCUGUCUUACUACUGCAAGAGCCCAGCACCCCUCAAAGCAGAGAAUGUGGUUGUUCUGAAUGGCUGUACCUCUGUCUUCUCUGCUCUGGCCACGGUGCUGUGCGAGGUGGGGGAGGCUUUCCUGAUCCCCACCCCUUACUAUGAAGGCAUCACGAGGCAUGUGUAUCUCUAUGGCAACGUCCGACUGGCCUAUGUCUAUCUGGACAGUGAGGUCACUGGGCAGGACACACGCCCCUUCCAGCUCACGGUGGAGAAGCUGGAGACGGCCCUGCAAGGAGCUGAAUCUGAGGGUGUCAAGGUCAAGGGCCUCAUACUCAUCAACCCCCAGAAUCCUCUGGGGGACAUCUACUCCCCGGAAGAGCUGCAGGAGUUCCUGGGAUUUGCCAAGAGGCACUCGCUGCACGUGAUCCUGGAUGAAAUCUACAUGCUGUCAGUGUUCCAGGAGUCGCUUGAGUUCCGCAGCGUCCUGAGCCUGGAAAGGCUGCCUGACCCCCAGAGGACCCACGUACUGUGGGGCAUGAGCAAGGACUUCGGGAUGUCCGGGCUUCGCUUUGGCACGCUGUAUACAGAAAACCAGGAUGUGGCCACCGCUGUGGCUUCCCUCUGUCACUAUCACGGCCUUAGUGGUCUGGUCCAGUACCAGGUGGCACAGCUGCUCCAGGACCGUGACUGGAUCAACCGCGUGUACCUGCCUGAAAACCUUGCCCGGCUCAAGGCUGCCCACACCUACGUCUCGGAGGAGCUCAGGGCCCUGGGGGUCCCCUUCCUGAGUCGUGGGGCAGGUCUCUUCAUCUGGGUUGACCUGAGGAAGGUGAGCUGGGGUGCAGGCUGGCGGGGCACAAGCCUUCCUCCAGCAGGUGACAGGCCCUGGGGGUCUCCGCUGUGUCCUGAGCCUCUACCCGCCCCUUUCCAGUUCCUGCGCAAGGCCACCUUUGAGGAGGAGACACUGCUGUGGCGCCGUUUCCUGGACAAUAAGGUGCUGCUGUCCUUCGGCAAGGCCUUUGAGUGUAAGGAGCCCGGCUGGUUCCGCGUGGUCUUCUCAGACAGGCCCCAGCGGCUUCGCCUGGGGAUGCAGAGGGUCCGGCAGGUGCUUGAGAGCAACCCCAAGUGACAGAGGAAGCCCCUCCCUCCCAGGGCAGAUGAGCUGCUCAGUGUCUGGUCAGCAGCCACUGCCUCCGACCUGGACGAUCUGGAUCAGGGGCUGCAAGACGGGCUCGACUUGCCCCAAGGACCUCUUUCCUGCCCGCCUGGGUGGCAGCAGGAGACUCCUUAAGCUGAGCUUCAUCUUGGCCAUUGCUGUCCCCUAUUAAACAACCUGGGACCAGCUAGA